AUCAACAGAGGGUAACAUCUUUUUGCAUGUUCACUCCGUUUUCUUUACGCUGUUGCUGGGGGGGGGGGCUUAUUGAAGAGACAGCACAAUGAGGCUGACCACUCUCCUGUCGAUGGCAGUCAGGGUUGUUGUGCCCAAAGACUACCGGUACGGCACAAACAGACCAUGGACAGCGGCUGCUAAAAGGCAAAACCCUCCGGGGAAGAGGAGGAGAAAGGUGUUCGUGGAGCCGUUAGCACCGGAGGACUGGUCUGUGCUCAGAGGGGACAUGGUGGAGAUUCUCGCAGGGAAGGACAAAGGGAAGCAGGGAAAAGUAAUCCAAGUCUUCAGACACAGAAACUGGGUUAUGCUGGAGGGACUGAACACACAUCACAGGUAUGUCGGACGAACUCAUGAUUAUCGUGGGACCUACAUUUCCAGCGAAGCUCCUUUGCUGCUGCGUGAUGUCUCCCUCGUUGACCCCUCAGACAGGAAGCCCACUGAAGUGGAGUGGAGAUUCACAGAGGAGGGUGAGAGGGUUCGAGUGUCUGUCAGGACGGGUCGAAUCAUCCCUAAACCUGUUCUGGAGCGACGAGAUGGCAUUGUACCACAGCAGUGGAAAGAUGGUCCCAAAGACACCAGUCCUGAAGACACUCUAGAAAAAACAUAUGUACCAUCUCUGAAAACCCUGGAGGAAGAGGUCAUGGAGAAGCUGGGUAUUCAGGACAACAGGCGGCACCGAAGGUCCUACUGGUACUGACCAGAGAAUUCAGAGACACUACCGUCCCCCAUCAUGUUACCCAGAUUUUGCAGCAAUUCUGAAGUUAGUCAUGCUGAGUCAUACUGAAGGACAUAACAAAAAGACACUGUCAGGAUGGCAUGAGUAAGGCUCUUGGAUGGUAAAAUACUGGUGCAACAUACAAAAUGAUACAGAAAUGCUUGGAGGUAUAACAGAUGUGCAAACAUACAUGCAACUUAAAUGUUUCCUGAAUCAUUCUCUCACAGUGGUAUCAUAGUUUGUUUCUUUAUAACAUAAUGAAUAAAUGUCACAUAAACCAAUUCA